GAAUGGUGGUGGUGUGUGUGGUUUGUAUGGUGUUUUGGCAUUUGCUCAUUCCAUAGUUUCGUUUAUCAAUUCGGGAAAACGACGACAACAAAUUGAUAAUCACGAGGUUCACAACGCACGUUGUUUGAUUUUUUUUGUUUUGUUUUGUUGAUUUGGUUCAAUCGAUUACCCAUUCUUUUGAUCAAUAAUGUCAGCUACGAAUGAAUUUAAUAGCAAUACAAAUUUGAUGGUAAAAGAUGUUCCCGAUAUUUUACCACAACCAUCAUCAACGAUUCGUUCGAAUUCACCAUUAUUAUUUACAUCAAUAGCUGAUAAUGAAUUUAAUGAUAUUCUGGAUCAAGAACAACAACAAGAACAAAUGAAAAAAUCAUCGAUAACAAAACCAAGAAAAACAAAUCAAUCAUCAUCAUCAAUAUUUAAAAGUGUUCGUGCUGAUCGUGUACUUCGUACGGCUAAACGUACAAUUUAUACUGCUGGUCGUCCACCAUGGUAUGAUCAACAAGGACAAUCAAAAGGUUCAUUUUUGAUUGGUAUUUGUGGUGGUAGUGCAUCAGGUAAAACAACCGUUGCUAAACGUAUUAUUGAAGCAUUAGAUGUACCAUGGGUUACAUUAUUAAGUAUGGAUUCAUUUUAUAAAGUAUUGAAUGAAGAACAACAAGAAUUAGCAAGAAAAAAUGAAUAUAAUUUUGAUCAUCCAGAUGCAUUUGAUUUUGAUUUACUUAUUGAAACAUUACGUAAACUGAAAGAAGGUAAACGUGUUGAUGUACCUAUUUAUAAUUUUGUUACACAUCGUCGUGAAAAGAUAACGAAAACAAUGUACGGUGCCAGUGUAAUCAUAUGUGAAGGAAUAAUGAUAUUUGCUAAAAAAGAAAUUGUCGAUAUGAUGGAAAUGAAAGUUUUUAUUGAAACAGAUUCCGAUAUCAGAUUAGCACGUCGUUUACAACGUGAUAUAACUGAACGUGGUCGUGAUUUAGAAGGUGUUUUAAAACAAUAUAAUCAAUUUGUUAAACCAAUGUUUGAUUUUUAUAUACAACCAUCAAUGGCAUAUGCUGAUAUUAUUGUACCACGUGGUGGUGAAAAUCGUGUUGCAAUCGAUCUAAUUGUACAACAUGUACAUACACAAUUACAAUCAAAAGGUUUAAAAUUACGUUCAAAGCUAUUAAGAAAUCAACAAAAUCUACCAUUACCUGAAACAUUGAAAAUAUUGUCACCAACACCACAAAUAAAAGGAAUGCAUACAAUAAUCCGUGAUAAAGAUACAACACGUGAUGAAUUUAUAUUCUAUUCAAAACGUUUAAUGCGUUUAUUGAUUGAAUUUGCAUUAUCAUUUUUUCCUUUCAAGACAAUCGAUGUUGAUACCGUUCAAAAUGUAAAAUAUCGUGGUAAAAUGAUGAAUUUUGAUAAUAAUAAAAUAUGUGGUGUAUCGAUAUUACGUGCCGGUGAAACAAUGGAACAAGCAUUAUGUGAUGUAUUGAAAUCCGUACGAAUUGGAAAAAUCCUCAUACAAACAAAUCAGCUGACACAAGAACCAGAAUUAUAUUAUCACCGAUUACCGGAUAAUAUUCGUGAUUAUAAAGUUAUUCUGAUGGAUGCAACUGUUGCAUCGGGUGCAGCAUCAAUGAUGGCCAUACGGGUUCUACUUGAUUAUGAUGUUUUAGAAGAAAAUAUUAUGCUUUGUUCAUUAUUAAUGGCAUCAUCCGGUGUACAAACAAUUGCAUAUGCAUUUCCAAAAGUUUUAAUGAUUACAACCGAAGUUGAUCCUGAAGUUAAUGAUAAAUUCUAUAUUCGUCCUGGUAUUGGCAACUAUGGUGAUCGAUAUUAUGGAACCGAAAGCUAUACGUGACACCAUGGCCAGUCAUCAAUUUUUAAUCUUUGAUUUUUUUAAUUU